GAGCUGGCUUUGCUCUUCUGGGGCCGUGGAAGGAAAAGCCUGGACGGCGAGGAAGCAGUUGCACUCAGCUGGAGAGAUUUCUUCCUUCUCCUUUGGAUGCUUUUUUCCAGAACCUGCAGCUUCCAGAAGGCAUGAUGAAGGCAUUUUGGGCUCUGGUGGCUGUCCUGCUGUUGCCCAAUGAGGCCCUGGCAGCCCGGGCGCUUCGUACACGGAGGGAGCUGGCCCCAGGGCUGCAUGAACGGGGGAUCCGGGACGCGGGGGGCUCCUACUGCCAGCGCCAUGAUGCCUGCUGCAGCGGAAGGGAUGACGAAUGCACAGUGCCUUACCUUGACACCAUUUGCUACUGUGAUCUCUUCUGCAACCGCACUGUGUCUGACUGUUGCCCGGACUUCUGGGAGUACUGUUUGGGAAUUGAGCCCCCUUUAUCUGUGCAGAAAGCCUGCAUCCGCAAUGGGUUCAAAUUCCCAGCCGGAGCAACCUACAGAGACAACUGCAAUCUAUGCACUUGCCAUGGAAAUGGCCAAUGGGUCUGCGAAGACCACGCUUGCCUCAUCAACGGAGACAUGAUGGAUGCCGUCAACAGAGGAAAUUAUGGCUGGAGAGCCUCCAACUAUAGUCAGUUCUGGGGCAUGACGCUGGAUGAAGGCAUCCAAUAUCGCCUUGGUACCAUCAAGCCUCCCACCUCUGUCAUGAAUAUGAAUGAGCUCCAGAUGAACAUGGAUGAGAAUGAUGUGCUGCCUUCGUAUUUCAAUGCUGCUGACAAAUGGUCUGGGAUGAUCCACGAACCACUGGACCAGGGCAACUGUGCCGGAUCGUGGGCCUUUUCUACUGCAGCGGUAGCCUCCGACCGAAUCUCCAUCCAUUCCAUGGGGCACAUGACGCCCGCCUUAUCUCCGCAGAAUCUUCUUUCAUGCAACACUCGUCACCAGCAAGGCUGCAAUGGCGGGCGCAUUGAUGGAGCCUGGUGGUUCUUGCGCCGGAGAGGGGUGGUGACGGAUGAAUGCUACCCUUUCAGUAACCAGGAAACCAACAAUUCUCCUAAUGCGCCCGCUUGCAUGAUGCACAGCCGGUCCACAGGUCGGGGAAAGAGGCAGGCCACUGCCCGAUGCCCCAAUCCGCGAUCCCAUUCCAAUGAGAUCUACCAGUCCAGUCCUGCAUAUCGCCUCUCCUCGAACGAGAAGGAAAUCAUGAAAGAGUUGAUGGAGAAUGGGCCAGUGCAAGCGAUACUGGAAGUGCAUGAAGACUUCUUCAUGUACAGAACUGGCAUUUAUCGGCACACUGCAGUAGCAGCCGGGAAGCCCGAAAACUACCGACGACAUGGCACCCAUUCUGUCAAAAUCACAGGGUGGGGAGAAGAACAAAUGCCAGAUGGGUCAAAUCAGAAAUACUGGAUCGCUGCCAACUCCUGGGGAAAGGACUGGGGCGAGCACGGCUACUUCCGCAUCGCCCGUGGUGCUAAUGAGUGUGAAAUUGAGACUUUUGUGGUGGGCGUCUGGGGCCGGGUCACGAUGGAAGACAUGCACCACCACAAGAAAUGAGAGGGCUGAAGAGGUGGACCCUGCUCCAUAUGAGGGUCACCAAAGAGAACUUCUUUCCUUCUGUUGCCCCCUGCCUUUUUCUUCUCCAAAGAGGUUUGGGAUCUGGAUCAGCCAUAAGAUACCAUAUGGCCAGCUGUGUCCAUCUCUAAAGGGAAUGAGGUUUGGUCAUCAUUUUGAGAUCUCUUGUAGGUCAUGUCUGUUAUUUGUGGCCCUUCCUUAAGUGGUUGAAAGCUUCUUGAGAACUCACAAUAUGGAAGUUAAGGAGAAAGCUGUGGCAGAAGGAACCACGGGAAGUCAUUUGGUUUUGGCCCUACGUCAUCCCUCAAGUUAUCCCAACACUCAAAUCCAAUGGGCCACCAAACAAUGAACUCAACAUUGAGACAAAAACCAAAAACACAAUGGCAACACCAAACAAGGGAUACCAUGUUGAUAUUUCCCAAAAAGAUGGUGAUUUGAAGAAUGGCAAGGACACAUUGCCCUCUCAUUUCUGUGGGUUUCCUGUCAUUUCUUGCCUUCUUAUUGAUUAAUCAUGACAAAGCCAUGUUCGACAUGUUUGCUCCUCAGACUUGACCUUCUCCCAGAAGUCUUCAUAGAGGAGCAACCCCCCUUUAGAGAUAUGUUCAAAGUUGGCCAUUCUUCAACUGUGACUUGGAGGUUUCUCUCUCAUGUCAAACUCUGUCAUACCUCAGGUAGUUUGGGAUCUCUUGCGCAUUGCUUUCCCACCAUAUAUGGGUCCCUAUGGAGACCACGCAAACCAACCCCACAGUGUAUUUCCCUAUCUUCUCUCUUGCAAGCACUCCAACAUUUUUUAUCCCUUGACCACUUUGUAUCUCCACUCCGUUAUCUCCCAUCUUGGCAAUUUUCCCUUGUAAGGGGAGGACUACUUUAUGCUAUGUCUGGAUAUUAUGAGGAACUACUGCAGAUUCCAUCAAACAAAGGAGAAGACUGCUGUGAUUGGAAGGAGGCAUGUCAACAACUGCCCAGAUGGGCUACAGAGGGGGAAAAAGAGCAAAGCUAAGGGCAAUGGGCUACUCUGGAUAACACUGUCUAAACCUAUACACCUUGCCCCCUAUUUGUGACCCCCAUAUCUACAGGACUAAUUCUUAUGGUUUCCUUUAUCCAUUCAAGAAAUAGAGAUUUGGUGUCCCUUAUCCAGAAUUCUGAAAUCCAGAAUUCUCCAACAUUCAGGUUAGGUAGAUAUGUUUAUAUGAAACAUACAUGAUUUUGGGUCUUCUCUCCAAAAUACCUCAUUGGAUACAAAUGCAGAUAUUCCCAAAUCAAAACAAAAUAUUCAAAAUUCUUGGUCCCCAGCAUUUUGGAGAAAAGAUGUUCAACCUGUAUGUCCUCUCCAGACAUUUUCUAGGUCCUCCAACGUAUCUCCAUGGC